CUCGUUGCCGAGUCUUCCCGGAGGCGGCUGCUGGAAGCUGCCGGGAGCAGCUGCGGUGCUCUGCCAUAUUGUGUCUUCCCCUACCCGGUCCUUGCCUCCCCGCUGUGGUGGCCGAGCUGACGAACUGUAAGAGUAAAUGGGUCCAAUAAUUGGAAUGACUCCAGAAAAGAGAGCUGAAACUCCAGGAGCUGAAAAGGUUGCAGGAUUAAGCCAGAUUUACAAAAUGGGAAGCUUGCCUGAAGCUGUUGAUGCUGCCAAGCCAAAGGCCACUCUAAUGGACAGUGGUGAAUCAGCAGAUGAUGAACUCACAAAUUUGAACUGGCUUCAUGAAAGUACUAAUCUUCUAACAAACUUCAGUUUCGGAAGUGAAGGUCUUCCAGUUGUUAGUCCCUUGUAUGACAUAGAAGGAGAUGAUGUGCCAUCAUUAGGACCAUCUUGCUACCAGAACCCAGAAAAAAAAUCAGCAACUUCAAAGCCCCCAUACUCUUUUAGUCUUCUCAUUUAUAUGGCUAUAGAACACUCUCCAAAUAAAUGUUUGCCUGUCAAAGAAAUUUACAGCUGGAUUCUGGACCGCUUCCCAUAUUUUGCUACUGCACCAACAGGCUGGAAGAAUUCUGUUCGACAUAAUCUGUCCCUAAAUAAAUGUUUUCAGAAAGUGGAAAGAAGCCAUGGCAAGGUUAAUGGGAAAGGUUCCUUAUGGUGUGUUGAUCCAGAGUAUAAGCCCAACCUUAUGCAAGCACUGAAGAAGCAACCUUUUCCCUCAGCAUUAACAUCCCCAGAAAGUGGCUCUUUAUCACCUCACUACUUAAGCUCUGUACUCAAACAGAAUCAGGUGCAAACCCUCAAAGAAUCUGAUAUUGAUGCUGCCACUGCAAUGAUGCUUUUAAAUACUUCUAUAGAACAAGGAAUUUUAGAAUGCGAGAAGCCUCUUUCUCUUAAAACAGCAAUGCAAAAAAAAAGGAAUUAUGGCAAUGCAUUUAAUCAUCCCAGUGCUAUGCGACUACAAGAGAGUGAUUCUUUAGCCACCAGCAUUGAUCCAAAAGAAGACCACAAUUACAGUGCAAAUAGCACGGUAACACAGCGUUGUGCAUCCAGGUCUAGUGUGUCUUCCCUGUCUUCUGUGGAUGAGGUAUAUGAAUUUAUCCCAAAGAGUAGUCAUGUGGGAAGUGAUGGCAGUGAAGGUUUUCACAGUGAAGAAGAUACAGACGUUGAUUACGAAGAUGAUCCUCUUGGUGACAGUGGCUUUGCAUCACGGGCUUGUGCAGAUACCUCUGCAAAGGGGCAGCCAGGUAAAAAGAUGCGAAAACAGUCAUGUCAAGAAAUUGAUGAGGAGCUCAAAGAGGCAGCUGGAUCUCUGCUCCACCUUGCUGGAAUUCGUACAUGUCUUGGCUCCCUAAUAAGUACUGCAAAGACACAAAAUCAAAAGCAGCGGAAAAAAUAGAAAUACCUAUUAGUGUGAAAUUAUUUUAAAGUGUGGCAAUACUCUUUUA